AUGCAUGUCAAAAAGUACCUGCUGAAGUGCCUGCACCGGCUACAGAAAGGUCCCGGCUACACGUACAAGGAGCUGCUACUGUGGUACUGUAACAACACCAAUACCCAUGGCCCCAAACGCAUCAUCUGCGAGGGGCCCAAGAAGAAGGCCAUGUGGUUUGUACUCACUCUGCUCUUCACCUCCCUUGUCUGCUGGCAGUGGGGCAUCUUCAUCAACACCUACCUGAGCUGGAAGGUCAGCGUCUCCCUCUCCAUUGGCUUCAAGAACAUGGACUUUCCCGCUGUCACCAUCUGCAACGCCAGCCCCUUCCAAUAUACCAAAGUGAAAUGUUUGCUGAAGGACCUGGACAAUCUGAUGGAAGCAGUCCUAGAGAGGAUACUGGCCCCUGAACCAGGCCACGCCAAUGCCAAUGCCACCAUGGCCCUGAACUUCACGGUCUGGAACUACACACCCCUGGUCCUCAUUGACGAACGGGACCCUCACCACCCAGUGGUCCUUGACCUUUUGGGAGAUAACUACAAUGGCUCAGCAAGAGGAAGGGUCUGCAAUGCCCAGGGGUGCAAAGUGGCUAUGAGACUAUGCAGCCUCAAUGGAACAGUGUGCACCUUCCAGAACUUCACAAGCGCCACCCAGGCCGUGACAGAAUGGUACGUCCUGCAGGCCACCAACAUCUUCUCCCAGGUGCCCAGAAAGGAGCUGAAGAAGUUGGGUUACCCCGCUGAGCGGCUGAUCCUGGCCUGCCUGUUCGGGGCCGAGCCCUGCAACCACAGGAACUUCACGUCUAUCUUCUACCCCGACUACGGCAACUGCUACAUCUUCAACUGGGGCAUGGCAGACAAGAUCCUGCCUUCCGCCAACCCUGGAGCUGAGUUUGGCCUGAAGCUGAUCCUAGACAUAGGCCAGGAGGAUUAUGUGCCCUAUCUCACGUCCACGGCCGGGGCCCGGUUGAUGCUGCAUGAGCAAAAGUCCUACCCCUUCAUCAAAGAUGAGGGCAUCUACGCCAUGGCGGGGACAGAGACUUCCAUCGGAGUGAUGGUGGACAAGCUGGAGCGCAAGGGCAAGCCGUACAGCCAGUGCACCAUGAACGGCUCGGACGUCCCCAUCCGAAACCUCUACAGCAGCUACAAUACAACCUACUCCAUCCAGGCGUGCCUUCGCUCCUGCUUCCAAGACCACAUGAUCCAAAACUGCAGCUGUGGCCACUACCUGUACCCACUGCCCCCUGGAGAGAAAUACUGCAACAACCAGGACUUUCCAGACUGGGCAUACUGCUACUCAGCUCUUCGGAGGAGUGUGAACCAGAGGGAGACCUGCAUCAGCAAGUGCAGGGAGUCUUGCAGCGACACCAAGUACAAAAUGACCAUCUCCAUGGCCGAGUGGCCUUCUGAGUCCUCAGAGGACUGGAUUUUCUACGUCUUGUCCAAGGAGCGGGAUCAAAGGGACCAAAGCAACAAUAGCUCUAUAAGCAGGAAGGGAAUUGUCAAGCUCAACAUCUACUUCCAAGAAUUCAACUAUCGUACCAUCCAAGAGUCACCAGCUAACAAUAUCGUCUGGCUGCUCUCCAACCUGGGUGGCCAGUUUGGCUUCUGGAUGGGGGGCUCAGUGCUGUGCCUCAUCGAAUUUGGAGAGAUUAUCAUCGACUUCCUGUGGAUCACCAUCAUCAAGCUCGUGGCUUUCUUCAAGAGCCUGCGGCAGAAGCAGGCCCACGCUCGCUACGCCGGGCCGCCGCCCACCGUGGCUGAGCUGGUGGAGGCCCACACCAACUUCAGCUUCCAGCCCGAUGUGGCUGACCCAGGGGUCUAUGUCAGUGGGCAGGCGCUGCCCAUCCCAGGCACCCCACCCCCCAACUAUGACUCCCUGCGCCUGCAGCCACUCGAUAUCAUCGAGUCCGACAAUGAGGGUGAUGCCAUCUAG